AUGGAAACAGACUCCCAGCAGAAAAUGGACAGCAGGUUGGAGGUGAUGGUGCUUUUUGUUUUGCUGACAGCGGCCUCAUCUUUUGCUCAGAGCAACGACGACAUCAGAGAAGCCACGGCAUACCUAAAGAACUACGGCUACCUGCACGUCUCACUGGAUGGACAAGGUCUCAACCAUCCACUGGAGACAUUCACAGACGCGCUGAGUAUUUUUCAGCGAGCAGCCAACAUCCAGAUGUCAGGGAAACUGGAUUCAGCGACUCUGAUGAUGAUGAAGAAACCUCGUUGCGGUCUGGAAGAUUCUUUCAACAACCAGCCUCUCAAAUAUCGAGUCAUGGGCUACUGGCGGAAGAAGAUGCUGACGUACCGCAUCUACAACUAUACACCUGACCUGGGUCAGGGAAAAACUCGUCUGGCCAUCCAGAGUGCCUUCAAGUACUGGAGUGAUGUGUCACCUUUGAGGUUCAGAGAGCUAUAUCAAGGACGAGCAGACAUCAAGAUCUCCUUCCACAGAAGAGACAAGUCCUGCCCGGUGCCCUUCGAUGGGCGAGGCCAUGUUUUAGCCCAUGCUGAUGCCCCCGAGUCAGGGCUUGUUCACUUUGACGAGGACGAGUUGUGGACGGAAGGGAAGAACUCCGGCUCCAACCUGAGGAUCGUGGCAGCGCAUGAGAUCGGCCACGCUCUUGGCCUCGGCCACUCCCAGUACUACAGUGCACUGAUGGGACCCAUAUACGCUGGGUAUCGCACAGACUUCAGGCUGCAUCCAGAUGACAUUCGAGGGAUCCAGGCUUUGUACGGAAUGCCAGAGAAGAGUCUUCCACCCACAAAUCCAAACCAGGUGGUUCCAAAAGGCGUUAAAACGGAUCCAUGCAAUGCCCGCCUGGACGCAGUAAUGUUAGGCCCUUCAGAUCAAACAUACAUGUUCAGUGGACAGUACGUGUGGACGAUGUCCAGCUCUGGGUACAACUCCCCCACCGUGGUUUCUGUGCUGUGGAAGGAGCUGCCGGGGAUCAUCGAUGCAGCCGUUUACUCUCCGAGGACUGGCAAGUCCUACUUUCUCAAAGGAGACAAAGUGUGGAGAUACACCGGCUUCAAACUUGACCAAGGCUUCCCCAAACGUUUGACCAGCAUCCCUGCAAACGUCGACUCUGCCUUUUACCUUCCUAAUGUCAAAAAACUGGUCUUUUUUAAAGGUUCAGGGUACUGGCCUUGGGAUGAAAUUAGUCCUACAGACCUUCGUUCUUACCCCAGACCCAUCAGGGAUCUGUUUAAGGGGGUCCCCAGUGGCGUUGAUGCUGCCGUGACGUGGACCGAUGGCUAUACAUACGUGUUUAAAGGCAGCCAGCACUGGCGUGUAAAUCAGAAGCAGCAGGCGGUGGAGAAGAACUACCCCGUGGACACGGCCUCACACUGGCUGCAGUGUGAUGACUGA